AUGUAUAGUAAACUACACGAACACAGAAUAGGACCCAGGAUUAUCGAUUUAAUUUUCCGACCUCGAUUACCAAUCAAAACAUGGAAAUCGGUGACAGAGAAAAGUGAAGUCGGCGGCGUAAGGUGUUUGGUGGCUUUUAUGGAGUUAGAAGGGGAAGAGAGUGGUGCAACGGGGUGGGUCUCCGUCUGUGGGAUCAACGAAAAUGAUGGAGAUGGACUACCUGCUGUCGUCAUUGCAAGUAAACAGACAGGGCUGCUUCAGCAGUCGCAGACUUAUCUUGAUAAUAAAGAAUGGGAUUUGACCAGUUUUGUUGACUUAAUACUACAACAAACUAAAGUGGGAGCAGUUGUUAAAAUAGAAGAAGAUGAAGAUGAAUCAGUUUAUGCCUUUGUUUCUGCUUUAAAUUUACAAAGAUAUAAGGAUUGUAAAUGUAUAAUGGAAGUGAAAGAGUUAUUACUAUCAAAGUGUCAAGAAAAAAGAAAUAAAAGAAAAUUUAAAAUCAUAUUUUGGAGAGAAAGCAGCUGAUGUUGGACUUUUGAUCUGACAACGUGUUGUAAAUCUCCCUGCUCAGCUUCUGCCAUCAUUGUAUGAUGCUC